AAUUCUCCGCUAAAAUUACCCCGAAUACCCCGAUCAAUAUACUCUUAUACACCUUUAUACCAUCACAGCGGCGGCGGAAUGCAGGACUCUGAGAUGGAGUGUGUCAGUCCAUCCCCUGGUGCAGGGAUUGGAAAAUCCAAGUUGGACACACUGUCUAAAGAAGACCUAAUUAAAUUUGCAAAGAAACAGAUGGCUAUAAUGCAGAAGUUAAAAUCUAAAUGUGGAGAUUUGGAGAAGGAAGUGGGAGUGUUAAAAGCCAGUCCGAGUGGGAGUUCAGACGGCUCAAUAAUACAGGAACUGACAGAGAGGAUGGACGCUGUGCUGCUGGAGAAAGCCGAGACCCAGCAGACCCUGCUUUUACUGCGCAAAGAAAAUGAAAAGGUCUCGAGGCGUGCAGAGGAGGCCGAGGGGCAGCUAGCUGCGCUCAGGGAGGAAGUGAAGCUGACCAGUGCAGAACACGCAGAAAAGAUCAGAAUAAUGGAACAAAUGUUACAGACUUCUGAAUCAAAAUAUAAAGAACAGAUUGAGAGUUUUAAGAAGAUGGAAAGUGAGCAAAACGAGAAGGAGGAAAUCCAGAGGAGAAGAAUGACCGAAGAAUUCACUUCAAAUGUCCAAUCACUUCGGCAGGAAUAUGAAACCAAGAUCUCUAACCUGCAGCAGGAUCUGGAACUGGCCAAAAAAGAAUGGACGGCAGAGACUGAAGCUCAGAUUAAGGUCCUCCAGACUGAGCUGAAGGAGUCACAGGACGGCAGCGCGAGUCUGUGUGAGGAGAUGGCGAGGCUGAGCGUGCGCCACGAGGCAGAGCUCCGGGAUCUGGAGGAGCAGCUGGAGGUGAAUGCUGCACAUUUCGAGAUGGAGAGGGAGCGGCUUUUGCUGCUUAAUGAAGAGUUAGCGGAGCAGCUGGCGCUAAAGGAGAGCUACCUGCAAGACGUCCAGGAGGAGGAGGAGGACCUAAACAGGAACGGUGCUCAGAAGACCUCAGGACCAACCAGCACGCCUCACUCCUCAACAGAAGAUGACCCGGAUAACGAUGAGACAGAUGGGCUGAGAUUGACCCUGCAUGAUUUACAGUCCCAAAACACCAUGGUCCAGGAAGAGCUCACAUUCCUCCGAAACGUAAAGAUGGAGCUGGAGAACGAAGUGCAGCAUCUGAAAGAAGAGUUCACGAUGGAAAAGGAAGAGCUGGAGUUUAAGCUGAAUGAACUGCAGAUGACCAAAGAAGACUGCAGUAGCUCUGGGAUGGAGAUAGAUGCUCAGACAGAAAGCGACGAAAGAAACACUAAGAGUUUCGUGCAUGAGCCUGAGCAUGAUCAGGAGCUUCAGCAGUUAAAGGAGGUUCACCAGCUGGAACUGAGGGAGCUGGAGUCUCGGCUGGUGCUUGACGCUGAGCGGGAAAGAGAAGUUGUUAUGCAGGAGUUGAGGGAGUUACGGCAGAGGAGCGAGGUGCUUACAGAGGAGAAAAACGCUGCAGUUACUGAAUAUGAACACACCAAGCAGAUACUGCACACUCUGGAGCUGGAGCUCGGAGAGAGGACGGAGGAUUUCGUGAAACAGUACGAUGCUAUGAAGGAGAGAGCUGCAGCGGCGGUCCGGGAACUGCAGGAACAGCUGAAUGAGAAAGACACAAUAAUAAAAAACCUAGAAAGUUUAACAAAAGCGCCAGAGAUCUCAGAACAAAACGCUCAAAUCCCAACCUGCCCAGAACCAGCAGCAGAACUGCCAGAACCGCUGGAAGGAGGUUAUGUGAGCGUGAGCUGGGACGAAGACAAUCAGGUAACGCUUGAAAAAGUAGUAACACACUUACACCACAUUAAAGAUGAAUGUAAAACCAGACCAGCAGACUGGGCCCGGCUCAGCUUUCAGAAGCUGGAGGAUCUGUCUGUGGUUUUAGACAGCGCUUUGGGAGAGAGGGAGGAUAUUACGAAGCGAAUGGCUGAUCUGGAGAGCCGGCUGUCGUCUUCACUCACUGAGAAGGAGCAGCUGAGCGAGCAGUGCGAUGCUUUAGUGCAGAACCUGGAUGCUCUGAGAGCAGCAGAAGAGCAGUGUCAGACAGCUGCCCGAGAGCUCAGCAACACGGCCGGCCAGGAAAAGGCUGAGCUACAGAAACAGCUCCACCUGGUGGUGGAAGAGAGGGAUGCUGUAAGGAAGGAUAUGGAAACGAUUGAGCAGAAGCUUUUGGAUGCGCAGACUCGUAUAUCUGCAGUCCUGGAGCAGGAGUAUUCUACACCUGUAGCAGAGCAGGACGAUAUCUCUGUACUAGUGAACCGUCUUGUGUCCAGAGUUAAAGAAGAAACAGCUGUUCUGACCCAGCAGCUUAAGGAACAGUCGGAGCAGCUGAUAAAGAUCAGCUCACAGAGCGGCUCAGAACAGAGAGCUGCCGGGCUGGGUGCAGAGGUAGAGCUGCUGCAGCCGGUUGCAGGAAGUUUACAGGAGCGUCAGGCUGAAACACAGUGCCAGGACGUGAGGGACUCUCAGGGCACUGAGAUCACAGCGGCUCUGAUGGUUAAAGAAGAUUCUCCAGAUGAUCCGGGGUCUCCCGAAACAGACGACCUGAAAAGGUUCCAGCAGAAGCUGAGCGAGAAAGACUGGAGAAUCUCCCAGCUGAAGGAGGAGAUUUCCCAGUUACAGGAAUCAAAUCUCUCCGCCCUCAGUGAACACACCAGACAGACAGAAAUUCUUGAGAAGGAAAGUAAGGAGAAAGAUGAACGCAUGAAUAAGAUCAAAGCUGUAGCUGUGAAGGCGAGAAAGGAACUGGAGGCCAGCAAAAAAGAGGCGUCUGAUCUGAGAGCGGAGCUGGAUGCUCUGAAGGCUGAGCGAGACCGGCUGUCUGACUCUGUGAAGGUCAUCAUUCACGGGGCAGAAGAUUACAAGAAUCUGAUGAAUGAUUAUGACAUGCAGACAGAGUUACUGGAUAAAGAGAAGGAGAAGCUGGAGGCAGCAGAGAGACUCAACGCAGAUCUCACCAAACGACUGCAGGCAGCUAUCGAACAGAAUAAGCAGUUGUGCUCUGAGCGGGAGGACACGAUGGCCCGUAUGGACACUCUUCAGAAUAAUGUCCGCCAACUGGAGGCUCAGCUACUGGAACUGCAGCGCAUAAAAUCUGGGUUAGAGAGAGACCUGGAGACAGAAAGGCUUUUAAAAGAGCAAAAAAUAAAGGACCAUCAGUCUGCUGUUAAAGAAGCUGAAGAUCUGAACGCUUUACUGCAGAAACAGAAGCAGCAGCUUCAGCAGACGGAGCAGGAGCUGGAGCAGCUCAGAAAGGAUGCUCAGCAGAGUACUCUGUUGGAUAUGGAGAUGGCUGAUUAUGAGCGACUCGUCAAGGAGCUUAACCUUCAGCUCUCAGAGAAGGACCGGCUGAUCGAGGAGCAGGACAAACUCGCCCAGACCCAGAGAGACCAGGAACAGAAACUCAGCCAGGAGAUAGAGUCUCUGAAGACACUGGUGGAUACUGGAGAGGAAAAGGCCUCUAAGAUGAAGCAGCUGUUGGUAAAGACCAAGAAGGAUUUAGCAGAUGCCAAGAAGGAAGAAGCGUCUCAGAUGAUCGUACAGUCGUCUCUGAGAGGAGAACUGGAGGCUAGUCAGCAGCAGCUGGAGAAUUAUAAGAUUCAGUGCAGUGAACUGACUGCAGAUCGGCACAGACUGCAGGAGCAGCUGAAGUGUGUGAACGACCAACAGCAGAAGGCCCUCAGCUCCUACCAGCACCAGCUAAGCAGUCUGCAGGAGGAGCUGAGCUCCAAAACAGCUGAGCUUAAGUCGACUAUGUCGGAGUUUGAGGGGUAUAAAGUGCGAGUGCACAACGUGUUGAAGCAACAGAAGAGCAGAAGCUCCACCCAGAGUGAUGGAGAAUUUUCUAAACAGGAGAGGGAGCACAUGGAGGCAUUGCUGGAGCAGUUACACUCUAAGCUGCAGGAGAGUCAGCUGAACCUGCAGAGCAGCAGCACCGAGUUACAGCAGCUCCACACCGAACAUGACAUGCUGCUGGAGCGCCACAACAAGAUGCUGCAGCAGACCGUCGCUAAAGAAGCAGAACUACGAGAGAGGGUUCUGUCUCUGCACUCGGAGAACGCAGCACUGAGGUCCGAGCACAGCCAGGCCGUGUCACAGCUAACGGCUCAGGCCGAGGCUCUGCGCAGCUGCUUCAGAGAGCAGACGCACCACCUGCAGGAGGAACAUCGCAGCACCGUUGACACGCUGCAGCAGCAGAUCAGCCGCCUGGAGGCCCGGCUGUUCCAGCUGCAGAAAGAACCUGCCAGCACCGGUUCAGCCCCUGUGCUGCAGAGUCGGAGGCCCCAGCUGGACAGGAAACUCACAGAGCUUCCACUGUUUGAUUUGGAAAGCAUGGCUCGUGAAGAGGGCGAGGGAAUGGAAACUACAGAAACUGAGUGCAUUACUGCGGGCACCCCGACACCGACUCUAGAGCAGCUCCUCACCUCUCCAGACCCCAAACAAGAACCGUUUGUGUGGCAGGUUGAACCAACUAAGGAGGAGCUGACACAGAAACUCAGUACAGCCAGUCGUAGCAUGGAGCACGUUAACAGCCUGCUGCAUGAGAGCGAGGCUACAAACGCUAUCCUUCUGGAGCAGAAUAACCUUCUGAAGAGUGAGCUGCGCCGUCUGGAGCGAAAUCAGGAGCGGGAGAAAUCAGUGGCUAAUCUGGAGUAUCUGAAGAACGUCCUGCUGCAGUUUAUCUUCCUCCGCUCAGGCAGCGAGAAGCAGGCACUGCUGCCAGUUAUCCACACCAUGCUGCAGCUCAGCCCAGAGGAGAAGAGCAAGUUAGCAGCCAUCGCUCAGGGUGAGGAGGAGGCGGCGGGUUCCCGAGCAUCAGGCUGGACCUCUUAUCUCCACAGCUGGUCCGGGAUCAGAUGAGAACCUCAAACCUGCACAUUCCACACUGACUGUGAACACAUCCGUUUGUUUAUAUGUAAAAGGUACUUUAUUGUAAACAUAUGCAUAUAUUAAAAAGAAUGGGUACAUUUCUAUUUUUAUUAAUAUCUUUACUGAUGAGGCAUAUCUGCACUGUGUGAAUGAAACUUUAAAACCUGUAUAUUUUUCUGUUUACGAUUAUCGUGUGGUAAAGAAUGAAAAAAAAAAAAUCAUUAACCUUUCCAGAUUUUUGCUUUCCUUUGCUGGUGUUUGACUGAUGCUGCUUAUGAUUAUGACACUAAUCAGCCAUAACAUUAAUACUACCUCCUUGUUACUACACUCACUGUACAUUUGAUAUAGUAAGCUCCACUGCUCAGUAGCAUCUGUAUACAGCCCUACAGUUUCUCUGCAAACUCUGGUUGAUUGGUGGACUAUUGUUAGUGCAGCAGUAACACUGAGGUGUUUAAAACUCCAGCAGCACUGCUGCUGUAUCUGAUUAACUCGUACCACUAAUAGCUGCUGUGUGGUGGUCUCUCCUGUGGGGUCCUGAGCAUUGAAGAAUAGGGUGAAAAGAAAAGGGUGAUAAAGUAUGAAAAAAAACAGGUACAGAACUACAGUCUGUAAUCAUUAAUUACAGAACUACAGAAAACAUGGAUAGUGGGUGUAGAAACAUGGAUGUGGUGUUAAUGUUAUGGCUGAUGGGUAUGUGUAGCAUACAUUUAGCAACCUAUAACAUUUUUAUUUUGUCCCAAAAUCUACCAAAGAAAGCUCUCAACAUUUUCUACAGUCAGACAUAAAUAACCUCCUGUAGUUCUGUUAUUGUUUUGUAUUAUUUCAAAUAUGAAGCCAGAAAUAAUAUUGCAAAAUUUAGAUAAAUAUUUAGCCUAAAGAGUAAAAGCAUCCUUAAUUUCUGUGAUCUGUAAAAAUCAUACUGUUAUUGUUUUUGUUUUGUGAAUUUUUUUUCAGAAGGCCAGUUUUAUUUGCAUAUCAGAAUGACUUGGAUCUGUUCUGUUUACUGUUAAUCUGUAUAUCUGAACCUCUGAGCAGACCCGGGCAGCAUUAAUGUUUUUGUGUGUUUGAAAUCUCAGUGCUGUUUACUCAUUGUAGCACUGUUUUAAAUAACACAAUCAUACUGAAGAGUCAUGUUCAUGGCUUCCAAAGGAGUUACAAAAGUGAAUUUCUGCACGUAACGUAUGUAGUGUGCAGAAAAAUGGACCAUAAAAGGGCUUACAAUAAAGUAAUCUGUUAAUUGUUUGGUAAUCAGUAGGGGGUGGUUGUAAGGUAGUGUGGGGAGCGCCUUCCUACUGUUGAGUUAUUAUGGAAAUGAGACAGAUUAUUUAAGUCUAAUUACAGAUUACUGAAUAUUGUUGCUAACCAUGUGCAUCCCUUCAUGGCUACAAUGUACCUCUCUACUAACUAGUGCAUCAUCAUGCUCCAGAUCACAAAGCAAAACUGAUUUCAUUCUGGCUUCAUGAAGAUGCAAGUUGUUAGGUUGCGUUCCUGAGCACAAGUUCUUUAUUUGGCAGAGCACCUGCAAAAACACACUGUCUGUUUAUUAAUAAAGAUUAUAUUAUAUUCUACUUCCAACAUUCAGGACAUUCCAACAUUUACUGUCAUUUACUGUAAUGAUUAUCAUCAUGUGAUUAAAUUAUUAAAGUUAAUAUAUACAAGACUA